CUGUGUGUGUAAGUGAGCAAACAACAACAAAAAUCACAAAUAGAAGAAGGAGAAGAGGAAGAAGAAGCAACAGCAGCACAAAAAUCUUGCGCGCGCGGCCAUUAACAAAAAUUCCCAACUGGAAUAGCAGAAGCAGCAGCCGCAGCCGCAGCAGCGCUCAAAACUCAAAUUAGAAAUCAAUUUUCAAGCAGAACGCAAAAUAAAAUCUGGUUUUAUCAGUCGACGCGCACAACAAAAAUACAAAAACGGCUGACAAGUUUUUUUUAGCGUAAAGAAGAAGACGCAGUAGAAUGAAAUAAAAUAACUUUGAGCUUAGAGCAAACAAAACAGCAGCUGGAAACGUAGAAAAAAGCGCCAAAAAAAUACACAUAUAAUAUUUACACACCUACGUAUAUACAUACAUAGUACAUAUAUAUGUACAGCCAUAACAGAGCCAUCAUAGUUUAAUACAUACUUAUUUUAAUUAAGAAACAACAACAAUAACAAUAACCCAACGACAAAAUUAUUAAAUUUGCCAAUCGGCCACCAAUUGGAGUUGCCAGCUAGUUGGCAGUGAGAGACAGAAAGUGUAAGAGAAUCCGGCGCUCGAGAGAGAAAGAGAGUAACUGCUGCGGCUACACACACAGAACAUCGCUGAGCGGCAGCGUGUGAGCGUGAGCGAGAGCAACUGAUUUUGUUGUCAUAGCGCGCGCUUGACAAAAAGUAAACGCAGGCGCAGGCCGAGGACAAGUGAAGGAAGGGGCGGCAACAGCAGAGAGCAGCCAUGGCGAAUCCGCGUAAGUUCAGCGAGAAGAUUGCCCUGCAGAAGCAGAAGCAGGCGGAGGGCACGGCGGAGUUUGAGCGGAUCAUGAAGGAGGUGCAUGCCACCAAAAUGGAUGAGACGCAGGCGAAUCAAAAGCUAUUGGAGUGCUGUCUAGGCGGGCCGGAGAGCGGAGCCGCCAGCAGUGCGUCGCCAGGUGCGAAUGCGGGCAAUGGCACGGGCAGCGGCAAUGGCAGCGGCGCCAGCGGUGGUGCCUCCCCAGAUGGCAUAGCCGGCGCAGGAGGAGGAGGAGGAGGCGGUGGUGGUGGUUCACCCACUGCGUAUCGUGAGUCGCGUGGCCGAAGCAUGGGCGUUGGUCCACUGCGACGACAAUCGGAGCGGAAGCAGGAUCGUUCGCCCUAUGGCAGCAGCUCGACGGCUUUGAUUAAUGCCAUGGGCUUGCCCAAUGUCAGCGUUGCCGGCAGCAACAACAGCAACACCAGCAGUGGCACCGGCAACGGCAGCAACAACAAUAACAACAACAACAGUGGCACACAACAGAACCUCUUCCUGAGUCCGCCCAUGGACUCCAACUGGCGUCGUUCCAACUCCGACUCGGCGCUGCAUCAGAGCCUCAACAUGGCCAUGGCUGCAGAGGGUGGCUUCGGCAAUGACAUGAACACGCUGCACGCCAACUAUGCCCAGCAGCAGCAGCAGCAGCAGCAACAACAGCAGCAGCGGCAACAGUCGCCCCAUAGCCAACGAUCUCAUUCGCCGCACCAAAUCGGACGCAGCUUUAGUCCGCAGGCGCAGAGGAGAAAGACGCCGCUGUUGCAGCCGCACCAGCUGCAGCUGCAACAGUUGCAGCAGCACCAGCACAAUAUGCAGCAACAGUUGCACAUGCAUCAGCAGCAACAGCCGCAACAACAACAACAACAGCAGCAGCAACACCAGCAGCAACAGCAACAGUUGCAUCCGCCAUAUAACGCCAAAUUCGCCAACUCAUUGUUCAGGCCGCUGCAGGAGCAGGCCAACUAUGCCAAUACCGGCUCCCUGCCAAAUCUCACAGCACUGCAGCACUACGCAACGCCACAGCAGCAGCAGCAACAGCAGCAACAGCAGCAGCAGCAACAGUUGCAUCAAACACUCUCGCCUGUCAUGUCGCCGCACAAUCAACGACGCGAUCGAGAUCAGUCCCCCAGUCCGUUCAGUCCGGCUGGGCCGCCGUCGCCGUACCAUCAGCAACAGCAUUCGCCAACGUCAGCCGCCGUCGCCCAGCCGCCAAACAACAGCAGCAACAGCAACAGCUGCUCGCCCCAUCUAUCGUUCAGUCGCCUGGGCGACAACAGUGCCAGCGCCACUGUUGCUGGCAACUUAACGGAUUAUCGGCAGCCGGCGAAUCCGUCUAGUCCACGCUCCUCGCCCGGUCUGCUGAGCAGUGUCUCGGGCAGCGAGCUGCACACCAGCGCUCCGGCCAGCCCCAUUCGUGUGCAGCACCAGCAGCAGCAGCCACAGCAGCUGCAACAGUUGGCGGCUGGGUUUGAUGGGGCCUACAAUAGUCUGAAUCCCUCGUUUCACAAUCACUUUGAGAACUUCUCGCUGGGCGACAGCAACUCCUCGCCCGAGCAGCAAAGUUUCGCCAACAACUUUGUUGCCCUCGACUUUGAUGACUUCACGGCGAAUGCGGCGGCGGCGGGGACGAGCUCGGCGAAUGGCUUUAAUCAGCCGGAGCAGACGCCAAACAAGCUGAUCGACUUCAACGAGCUGAGCGGCAGUCCCGAGGCCGGCAGCAACAACAACAAUCUGAGGCGCAUCAACAACCAGCAACAACAGCAGCAACAGCAAUUCCUCAACAACAACAGCAAUGGCUCGGCCACGCACAAUGGUGGUCCGAGCUUAAAUGGACCCGGCGUGGACAGCCAGCACCACAACAACAACAGCAAUGGUGUUGGUGGCGUGGUUGAGCCGCUGGUCGCCUCGCCAGUGCCAUCGCCCGGGUUGGUGGGCUGCCCCAGCUCACCGCUGCCCAUACCCAUGGCCACGCAGGCGCCAUCGCCGCAUCAGCAAUUGUCGCUGUCGCUGCAUCAGUCGCCGCACCACUCACCAAUGCACUCGCCGCACCACUCGAACUCGCCGCUGUCGAGCAGCUCGCCGGUGGGCAAUGCCUGCAACUCCAACAUGAUUAUGAAUCAUCAGCAACAGCUGCAGCAUCACCAACAGCAGCAGCAGCAGCAGCAGCAACACCAGCAACAACAGCAGCACCACCACCACCAGCAACAACAGCAAAGCCAUACGCCCACCACAGCCAAUAUACCCUCGAUAAUAUUCAGCGAUUACUCCUCGAAUGCGGACUUCAAUAGGAUUUUCGAUACAUUAGAUCUGGACUUGGGACAGAUGGACGUGGCCGGCCUGCAAAUAUUGUCCGAUCAGAAUCCCAUCAUGAUUGCGGAUCCCAGCAUCGAGGAUAGCUUUCGCCGCGACCUCAACUGAUACUAUGAGGAGGCUGUUGCGGCCAUCGAGAGCGGCGUACUGCUCGAGGAUACAUAUGAUGCAUUGUUAGCCUCCAGCAGCUCCGUCGAGGUGCCGCAGACAACAGCAGCAGCAGUCGGAACAAUCGGAGCAGCAGCAGCAGCAGCACAAGACACAGCAUCAGUAGAAGCAGCAGCAGCAGCUGCUGAAAAGGAUAAAAAGGAUUUGGAGGUGAUUGAGCUGCUUGUGCCGAGUGUUAUAGAUGAACUUGUUGACUCCAGCGAUUUGGAUGAGGAAGUGCGCAAGUUUUUCUUCUAAGUCAAAUCAAGCCAAGUUAACACACACACUGACACACAAACACAAACAAAUACAUCACACACACACAUACACCUAAGCUAAUUGUAAGAGUUUGUCCAUGCUAGUCUUUUGUACACACUCCUCCUCCUGCCCGUCCCCGCCUUAUGUUAUGGAUCCCCAACAAGAAAAGAAAAAACCCCCUGUCAUUCGUCUGUGCUUUGUGUAACUAGCUAGUAACAAGGUUAACCCUAGACAUUAAGUGUACGACAGAAAGCCCCCUUUUAAAUACCAGACCUCUACAUAAACCCCAAAUUAACCCGAGCAAAAGAAAACCCGCCCUUACCUUAUCUUAUAUAUAUAUAUAAAUAUAUACAUAUGUUUUACAGCGAGUCUCAGAUUUUACUUAACUACGCACAUAAGUCACGAAAAUACCUACUACAACUACUUACUAUAUAUGUAUAUGUACAUAUAUAUAUAGAUAUAUAAAUCUACUUUACUGUAUAUAACAAACACAUGUAUAUGUAUUUAUUUGUAUGAUGAAAGGAAUAUGAAAGAAAACGGAUUAAAAACCAAAAAGUGUCUUAGACCUACGACCAAAUUAUUGUUCUUUACAAAGAAGGAGAUGAAGCUGAA